AUGUCCACACGCCACCUGACUCCUGGGCAAAGAGAGCUGCAGAGCCAGUCCCUGGGGGCAGGCAGGCACUCUGAGGCCCUGGCCUCGGGUCAGGGUGUCCCUUCUUCCGUGCACAAUGCCUGGCGCCUGCCUCGCUGGCGAGCUUAUGUGGCUGCUGCCGUUCUGUGCUACAUCAACCUCCUGAACUACAUGAACUGGUUCAUCAUUGCAGGAGUGCUGCUGGACAUACAGAAGUUUUUCCACAUCAGUGACAGCAACGCUGGUUUGCUUCAGACAGUCUUCAUUGCCUGCCUGCUGCUGUCUGCACCUGUGUUUGGCUACCUGGGUGACCGCCACAGCCGCAAGGCCACGCUGAGCUUCGGCAUUCUGCUCUGGUCAGGGGCUGGGCUGUCAGGCUCCUUCAUCUCCCCUCAGUAUUCUUGGCUUUUCUUCCUGUCCCGGGGAGUCGUGGGUACUGGCACAGCCAGCUACUCCACCAUUGCACCCACAGUCCUGGCUGACCUCUUUGUGAAGGACCAUCGGACCCGCAUGCUGGCCAUCUUCUAUAUCUUCAUUCCUGUUGGAAGUGGUCUGGGCUAUGUGCUGGGGUCGGCUGUGACGAAGCUGACGGGGAGCUGGCGUUGGGCCCUCCGUAUCAUGCCCUGCCUGGAGGCCGUGGCCUUGAUCCUGCUCAUCCUGCUGGUUCCAGACCCACCCCGAGGAGCUGCUGAGAAGCACGGGGAGGUGGCCAUGCGGGCUCCGGGGAGCAGCUGGUAUGAGGACAUCAGAUACCUGGGGAGAAACCGGAGUUUUGUGUGGUCGACCCUCGGAGUGACAGCUAUGGCUUUUGUGACUGGAGCGCUGGGCUUUUGGGCUCCCAAGUUUUUGUUUGAGGCCCGUGUGCUACAUGGGCUGCAACUGCCCUGCUUCCAGGAGCCAUGCAGCAGCUGGGACAGCUUUAUUUUUGGGGCGCUGACUGUUGCGACUGGCAUCAUCGGUGUCAUCCUGGGAGCAGAGGCUGCCAGGAGGUACAAGAAAGUCAACCCCCGGGCUGAACCUCUUCUCUGUGCUUCCAGCCUGCUGGCUUCAGCGCCCUGCCUCUACCUGGCUCUUGUCCUGGCCCCGACAACCCUCGUGGCCUCUUAUGUGUUCCUGGCCUUGGGGGAGCUGCUUUUGUCUUGCAACUGGGCAGUGGUGGCUGACAUCCUGUUGUCCGUGGUGGUGCCCAGAUGCCGGGGGACAGCAGAGGCACUUCAGAUCACGGUGGGCCACAUCCUGGGGGACGCCGGCAGCCCCUAUCUCACUGGACUUAUCUCCAGCACCCUUCGCACCAGGCGCCCUGACUCCUACCUGCAGCGCUUUCUUAGCCUGCAGCAGAGCUUCUUGUGCUGUGCCUUCGCCAUCGUCCUGGGUGGUGGCUGCUUCUUGCUGACUGCACUGUACCUGGAGGGAGACCAGGCCCAUGCCCGACAACCUGGUGCAGGGACCCUGGAUAGCAAAGAUGUGGACAGCAUGGACAGGGAAAGCCAAGGCCUGCUUUCUGGCAGCAGGGCCUCCACAGAGGAUCCCUGAGGCUCCUGCCCUGCAGCAAAGAGGUGCCUCGAUGCCCAUAUGCCUCCUGCCGGCUCUGUGGUAGCAGUGCCUCGGUCCACCUUCAGCUGUGACUCAGGGACCCCAGCUGAUCUGCACCUGCUACUUGUUCACUCCCAGCUAGAGGGCUGGCAGGGCCCAAGGGCUGGGAAUUGAGUUGUUAGCACCCGCCAGGGGAGGCCUGGGGCUCUGCCUGUGCCUGUGCCCAGCUCAAGCCUUCCAGCCUAGGUGCAUACCCUGGCUGCCAGGGUGCCCCCAUUAAA